UCUGCCUUGGCCGGCGCUUCGUUUUGACGUCCUUUUCCCCCUCUCGAUUUCCUUACCCAUAGAUCGCACAUCUCGUUCCUUCCCAGCUGCUUUUGUGAAACAGCUGCAUGUCGAGAAUUUUUGUUUCGUGCAAGAGGAUCAGCACAAGCUAACAUUGCCUCCCAGCGCUAUUCUGUGCAUUCCCAUUCCUUUGACACAACGUGAUUUGAGAGAGUCGCCCAAGGAAACCACUACCGUUUUGUCUAUCACGGGUGGACGUGUCAGCUCAGCGUUAAGACCCACAUACUGGCGGCACCGCACAGACAUCAAGAGAGCUACCCAAACGUCAGAACCAGCCUCAAACCUUCAACCUCUGCUGAACAGACUGACAUUGAAACUUAGCCCCGCCGUGGUCUUGUCUGCGCAGCCUCGUCGGACGAGCCUCUCUGCCUGCUUGGAACGCAGAAAGGCACGCUUCAAAACGCUCUUGUUCGCUGUUUACGAUCGCUUCGCUUGAACAGGGAAAACAGUGUUCAUAUUUGGAAUCAAAGAAGAACCAGAACACUGGCGCUCGUGUUGCUACGAUGCUUACAACUGAGGAAGUAGCUCCUGGCGAUGCCCCGCAGAUGGUUCUGCCGGGAAAAGGCGAAGGAUCGCACCUUGAGGGAUCACUAGACUGCCAUUAUUCCCUACCCGAGAUCCCGAUAUCCUUAGGUGUAACAACGUUGGAGCACUGGAUCCCAGAGCAUUUCACCUCCAUCCAUGCAGAGAAAGCAACGCCCACUUCGUCACCCAAUACAUUAGAUUAUAAACCCGUGAGCAUCUUUAAAUCAUCGAGACCACACCCCGGAGCCCGCAAAACUCCACUGCGCCGCGUGGACGGACAGCACAUACUACGAGAGUGUGACAUAGCGCGUCGCUCACCUUCACCACCGGUGGGUAACCGUCAGGCUACGUCGCUUCCGCGGUCUCCGGAAAAGGAUGAAAGCUGCGAUGAGCAGCAUCUUCUCAACCCUGCGAAUUUGACACUUUGCAUCACGAGCUACCCAUACACAGCGGACAAAAAUGAUGAGUUGUCCUUUGUAGAGGGCCAGGUGAUUCGGGUGGUGAGGAAGGUAGAAGGAGGUUGGUGGGAAGGACAGCUGGACCAGCGUGUCGGAUGGUUUCCUGCGAAUCAUGUGGAGAACUACACCGUGGCUCCAGAGGAUCUGGCGGACGGAGAGAUUGGACCAUUUGCCAACACACUUGAAGAGCUGGACGACCUCCGUGUCAAAACAAUGCUUAUGAACAACGAAAUCCAAAGUGUACAAUGCCCGUCCGAUGCAAAUACCGAUCCAGAGACUGCAAAGCAGGAGGGAUAUCGAAUCGCACUGGCUGGCUCACUUAUCGCUGCGGAAAAGCAAUAUCUUGAGUCUCUCCAGCGGUUUAUGGAUGAAUUUGUCUACCCACUGUAUCAGCUCGAUUGGUUUCCGCCCAACGAUCAUCAGACAAUUUUUGGAAACAUAGAAGAUUUGGUUGAUUUUGAAAAGGAUUUGGUAGAGGCCCUUGAAAGCGCUGCCGGAGGGUCACAAUUAUUUGGCCAAGCGUUCCUGAGUUUGUCCGAUCGAUUCAGCGAAGUUUAUAAUGAGUACUGUGGAAAUCUACCGAAUGCUAUGACGGUUUCGACCAAGUAUGGGCAGAAUUCAUUGAUGACACGAUUUUUACAGACGACGAGCAGCAAUUCCACUCCGCCCAUUCUCCAUAUGGUUUCAUUCCUGCACAAACCUGCUCAAUGGAAAAACAAGUUUUCCAUGGCUUUGAAGAAUCUAUUGAGUGGAACCGAUCCGCAACACGCUGAUUUCGAAUCACUCUCUACCGCCUGCCAGCGAUUAGAUAAGAUUUUGACCAGCAUUGAGGAUAGAAGGAAGCUCAUUGAGCGCAGGGCCAUGAUCCGGAGCCUCAGUGGGCGAAUCGAUGGGUGGGAGGGCCCGUCUCUUGAGUUGUACGGUGACAUGGUACUAGAAGGAAAUCUCAAACUGCAGGAGAGCGUUCGGAAACGAGAGCGAAAAUUCUAUCUACUCGAAUACGUCUUGGUCAUCGCUCGGCCACUGAACAAUAAAACUGGAGACAUAACCUUUAAGCUUAUUGAGAAAUUACCAUUGAGUAGGACGGUAGUGCUUGCGGUGAAUGACCAUGUGGAAGGAGAUGCUUUCAAUCUAUCGUUUCAAAUAUCGUACCUCACUGAAGAGAGCAAAGCGAGGACACUAUCCAUUACUGCGUUCAAUCCGGAACAAAAAGAGAAAUGGGUUGCUGCGUUGAACGCCCUGCUUGAUAGAAACAUACGAGCAGUAUUCCCUAUUUCUCAGUCUACUGGUGCAGAGGACAUGAAUGCGUCAGACGGUGUGGAGGGGAAGCCAGGACGGUCAUUAAAGUGGUUUGCUACCUGGAGCGCCAAGAUUCGGAAGAAGCGGCCAAGUGUGCCAAACUUGAGGGAAUAUGCGGAAAGCAUGGUGGAGAGUGACAAGGAUGGGGAUGGGAACAUUUUCAUCCGGGUUAUUCGAAAGAAAGAGACUCGCGAGAAACUCAAGGGAUCAGAGUUAUCGCCAACGGAAUUGGACCAAGCAUCGCAGACUCGAAACACCCACUAUCCGGUACCCCUUCCACGAGCGAGCAUUAUCUCCAAUGCUGAAAUGGCUCUUCCUCAUCACGCUGCGGACGAGCCAGGGGAUGUCGGCCCACUCUCGGGCGCAAUGGACUCGCAGAGGACCCCACCGCGUGAGCGGUUGAGCGGUGGGUCUUCGCGGUCCUGGAAAACAUCGUCUCUAGCAAUACCAAGUCCGGAUGAAGCUCUUGCACAAGCAAUACUAGAGCCGCCGCCACCAAUGCCGCCGUUGCCUUCCAUCGUAAAAGAGAGCAUACGCAGGCGCAGUCGUGCGCAUAGCGGAAGUUCAAGUGGAAGCGCGACAACGUUGACAACUGCUGUUAUGAAUUCGUUGCGGCUGUCGAUGUCAAGCCCAUCUGUUAACGCAGUUAAACAGCCGUCUUCCCCAGUAAAGCUUACCAUCGCGACAACGGACCUCGGUUCAAGCGGUCCGCACGAACUGGAACGUGCUCACACGCCAGUUAGUGCCACUAAUAGUGAAUCCAGUAGUCCUGCGAGCUUUCUCUGGAUGCAUACUCCAAGGUCGUCGAUUGGUAAUCGCCUUCGACCACCCACUCCCGGUCCUGAAUCGGCCGGCUCGGUUGGAAUGUCGAAGCAUCUUCAGGGGCAUUUGCCAUUGAUAUCAAAUCCUGCUCACCAUACUCUCUCGAGGGAUUCGUUCAAGGAGAGCAUUCUCGCGCCUCUAGCAAAUGCUCCCACCGUAGCUUCACUAGAACCAUUGGAAAACAGGACAAAUAUUCAGCCCCGGUGGGACGGCAAGACUACGGUCUCAUCCAUGGGUCGGAGGCAACGAAUACUGAGUCAUCCACCGGUACUGGAGGGUUCGUCAUUAUCUGAAACUGAGCUUGUCGAAUGGCAAAAGUUUAUCAGUUACCACUCAGAUACGGGAGAAUCUACUUCUGACGAGAUCCGCGGUGAAGUGUCCGUGAGUGCGCAACCCGUCGCUACUGUUGCCGAGACAAAAAGUAGACGGGCGUCUUUAGAUCGCAUGUCACUGAAAUCGCAAAGCCAGCAAUCGACAUCAACAUCGACGAUAACAGGGCAUAGGUCGGUGGUACCAACGGCACCACCACCGUCACCCGUGCGCGAGAAUGGCAAUCAUGGGCAAGUAUCUGCGAGUGGGUCAGACUCUUUCACACGGCAAAGACAGCAGAGCGAAGGUGGAGGAGAUGGUAUGCGAUACGGCGUUAUUGGAGCUCGGUUGGGUCGCCAAUACCAGUCAAGUGAAGACAGCUCCUCGUUUGUGACGUCGCACAGAGGGUCGUCGUCGGUACAACUCCCGCACUACGAGGAGGGCGAGACUAGCAGCAACAGAAGAUUCCCGUACCAUUUACCCUCCUCACUGUCGAUGGCAGAUUUGCCCAGUCUGAACAAAUCACCACAGCGUAAAUCAUCUAGUUCAAAUUUGGUGCAAGUAGUGCGCGGGUCAAUCGACAGUUUGUUCAGACGGAGUCGGUCUUCCGAUGCGCUGAAAGCGGGCAAGAUGAAGGCUGAUUCAUCGUCGGAGAGUGUGCGGCUAAAGCAAGAGUCGAGAAAAUCUAGUUUUGCAGAUCUGAAAGGUCUUUUAACAAAGGCGCGACGGAGGAGUAAGAGUGCAGGGAAUGAACAAGGCCUGGCAGGUGCUUCCAAAACCACGGUCGUUUCUUCUAUGCAAGUUCCAUCUCCUGUUGUGUUGCAACAGCCGUACAUGUCGCCUUCACCCCCCAGAAGUGUUCGAGUCUCGGGUGAAAGUGUACAACCUGGCAAAACACGGCCUUAUACGCCAUCGGUUCAAUCAGUACCGUUUCCUUCCCCACUUCCGUCGGCUCCCUUAACUUCUGCCUCUGCGGCCACCUCUUCUACAGGUGCCCCGAAGAGAUCACUUGCGAAUGUGGCCGCUCCUCCUGAGGAGGGUGCCGUAGAAGACGGACGAAGAGGGUUAGACAGUGGCGUUUAUGGAUUAUUGAGUGCAGAAGGUUCACGGGCCCAGGAACCGAUGGAACCCGUUCCACCUAUUCCAGACAUUUAUUCAAAGAAUGGCCAAACUGCCAAUCUUGAGAAGGAAAUGGAUGCCGUCCCACCUCCGCCUCCUGAAAAGGACUUCAUCCCAGUUGUUGCGGUUCCACCAAGGGAAGAAGCAUCUGGAUCGGAAAAGGUGACAUCAUUGCUUCGAGACGAGAUUAGUGUUCCUCCUUCUCCGUCAAGAGCAGAACGAGCCAAGCGACAGACCAUUUUUGAAACCCUAAAGAAUCGAUUUGGCGGUGAAGCUGGGACUUCCAUCAACAAUGGUACCACGUCGCCUCCCACGUCGUUCCCUCAUUGGAUCGCUUCCACAGAGUCAACAUCUUCUCGACUGUCAGUGCGACUGAGGAGCAAGAGUAGCGGGGCGCCACCAGCAUAUGAGCACCACACUCCAGAUGACACGCAAGAAUCAGGGGAUCAGACGUCGACGGCGAACCCAACUCGUGUAUUAAGAAGGGCUCGUAGCAACCUUGCUGGACUCAAUUCUGACAAUGCAAACAGCCUCAAGCGGGCCAUGGAGAACAGCGCCCCACGAAACGGACUCCGACUAGGACGACUGGCAAGUGUCGAAAACUUUUGUGCAUCAAAAUCGACACGAGAAGGUCUGGACUCGCUUCCGACUCCUGAGGACGAGGAAGAAGAGUAUGGACCGGUCAUUGGACGGCUAGAAAAGGCGUGGUAUGCGGAUCUGGUCAACAAGUGUGAGGCUAUGGCAACUGAAAUUCGACAGCUAAAGAAUCAGUUGAAAGCUGUUGAAGCCAAAGUUGGCACAGAAGAAUCUGAGAAAGCGAGUCCUGUUGGCGUAUGUGUUGGGCGGGAUGGGCCUGUAUAGGUCUCUGGAGACUCGAUUCCCUGUAUAGGUUCUUUAUUUUUUUUGUUUUGUGUAUUCUUGUUUGUUUUUUUAUUUUCUUUUAUCUCGCGUUUCUGCAUGGUGUGCGGAUGUGCGGAGAUGAUGUGGAUGCGAUGGCGUAGUUGAAAGAUGGAUGUGAGUGUAUGCUUUUUUUUGCGUAAAAUGGAGCUUUUCAUAUCCGGCGUAGGAAUCUGGCAAUGGUCAUCUACCAGACUGCCUUUUGUUUUUCUAUCCUUUUUUUUUGUGUAUAGUAGUAUAGAAAUAUAUAGGAGAUGCGUGAUUGUUAUCUUGCAAACAUUGUUUUGCAAACAUUACUCUGAGC